AUGGCGGUCCAUAAGCUGACGCCCGUCCUCAUGACGGGAAGUCUAUUCCUGGGACUAGUUCUUGCCAUCGGUCAUCAUCUCUACUACCAUUAUCUUGACGGGAGGAUCGUCAAGACUCAGAAUCAGCAGGAGUGGUUUCUCCGUGUCGGCACCGGUAUAGCGUUCCUCGCAAGAGCCCUGUUGUCAGCAGCGGUCGGGUUCGCAUACACGCAAAUACUAUGGCGAACCUUGAGGUCAAAAUCCGUCACUAUCGAGGGCGUCAACUCGCUUUUCGGCGUCUUGCAUAAUGCUUGGGACUUUACUACGUGGGAGCUCUGGACGGCUGCGCCGGCGCUUGCUGCAGUGGCCAUAAUUGCUUGGGCGCUCCCGCUGAUUGCAGUUAUUACUCCAGCUACCCUGACAGUCCAGGUAUCUGACCGGCCAAACAUCACUGUUGUCGACGCUCCCAUUCCACUGCUCGACUACAAUAACAUGCUCAACUUUGCCCAAUUCACAGGUGUAGGCGGAGUAGGAUAUUACGCCCCCUCGAGUUACGUCUCAAGGGUGCUCUUAUCAGUGGCAUCUCUCGGCUCCAUCCUGACUUUCCCAGCACCCUUCCCCAAUUCCUCAUAUUCUGUCGACUUCUACGGUCCUUCAAUUUCAUGCGGUACACCUCGCAACGCCACCUUUGCAAAACUGCUGGCCGAAGCUGUUAAGAACGAGACAUGUUGCGGGAAUUCCGCCGGAUACGUUGGAUUUGUUCCAAGCAGUAACACGGUGAACAGCACUGAGGAGGGCUACGCCUUGGCUGGUUUGCGGGGUGCGAUGAACUACUCUCUCAUCUCAUCGCUCGCGUCCAUUGAUCGAACGGCCAACUCCAUCAACGCGUCUAGGCUCUUCGUUGUGGUACCAGAUAUACCUGCAUCCAACACGACCACAAGCUAUAUCAUGGCAAACAAGACGAUCGAAUGCGCGCUCUAUAACUCGUCAUAUGCCGUCAACUUUACAUUCGACAACGGUCAGCAGAAUAUCAGCUACAAGUCCAAAAGACUAAACGGCGUAAGGUCUAGUGACGCCAGUCUCAACGAGGAUAACGACUCGGACCGGUUCAAUGCUGCUGUCGCUUACAUCGCGCUCAUGGACUCCCUGGGUAAGCUACUACUUGGAAAUCUUGGGAUUUCGCACUACGGUGUGAUGCAACCUACUCAGACGCAGAUCAUGAGCUCUGUUCUCAUGGAUGCCAAAGAAAUGCAAGUUCUUGGUGGUGUAAAUGCAGCAACGGACCACCCGGAAGCACCUGAUUCUGUGAUUGGGAAUAUCUCUAUGGCGAAUGCAUUGCAGCAGCUGCAAAACGAUACCGCGGCAUCUCGCGGUAAUAUUACCUACCUGACCACCCAAAUUGCCUUCUCCUAUGAGCCUCGCAACCUCUUCAUCGCCUACGGUCUAGGCCUGUUAGCCUCUGCAGUUAUUGUGAUCAUCGGACUCCUAUGCAUCAAGUCUGCAUCUGCAUCCUAUGCAGCCACUUUCUCAACUAUUCUUCGAACUACACGGAACCCCGAUAUCGAUACUAUUGUCCCCGCAGCGGAAACAUCUGGCGCGGAGCCUCUGUCGAAACAACUUGGCGAUACUCGUCUGGUAUUACGGCGACAAGGGCGCAGACUGGAGGGUAUAGACGAGGAUAUGGUGACUCUCUUUGCUGUAGACUCAAUGUCGGAUGAGAAAGGUAGACAGAAAGACUCUCCUUAUGAUUCGUCUCACCAGGGGGGUAGAGGGCAGCAAUACUCCGACGCAAGUAUUGAACUUCUGAGCCAUGUCGAGCACUCGGCUGCAGAUGCAAGGACCGGAAAUGGUGGUAGCAGGAUCAACCCUCGUGGAAAUUGA